UGACAACACAACAAAGUGAAAAAAGUUUUUUUUAAUUUAAAUAGAAUGAAGUAACUCAAUUUAAAAAUAAUGGAUGAAAACAAAAACAGUCACUCCACAGCUAAUCAGGAGAAAAAAAGUUCAUCAUUUGAUGAGCUAUCCAGAGAGGAAUUAAUAACGAAAUGUAACAAAUUGUUAUUGAUUGCCCGAAAGGCAAAAAAUUCAAAAGAUGAAUUAUUUGAAGAAAAUAAACAAAUAAAAGAGGAAUUAGAUAAACUAAAACAACAGAAUGAGGUAAUACAAGAAGUUGUUGAAAAUCUCACACAAAAUAAACUCGCAAGUGCAAAUCAAAUAGAGGAAGCGAAUAAACAAAUUUCAAAAAGAGACGUGUCCAUUCGACAACUACAAACCAAAAAUGAUGAGGUCACAAUUGAAAAUGAAUCGUUAAAAAGACAACUACAAAGGUUAACUGAUGAAAAUGAAUCAUUGAUAGAAGAUAUGCAAUCAAUUGAAUCGAAAACGUCCAAAUGCGAUAAUGAUGAGGAAAAUGAAAAAAUCAAUAAACUUAAUGAGGAAAUUUUAUCAUUGAGAACGCAAUAUGAAGAAAAAUGCAAAGAAAUCUCGUCACUUAAAGAAGUGAUUGACAAUAAAUCAAUAAAAAUAAAAAAUGUUAUUCAAGAGAAUUCUGAAUUAAAAACAUCUAUCGAAUCAAGUAAUACACCAUCGGAUGAAAUUAAGGUCCGUUAUGAAAAAGUAUUAAAAAAGCUGAAAGCGUACAGAGAAAAAUUAUUUGAAGUUUAUGAGCAAGCAAAGCUAAUCAAAGCUGAAAAGAGUGUCUUGUUGAGUUUAACUAAAGAGUAUGGUGAUUAUGUAGCCAAUUGGCAAAAAGAUAUUGCCAAUGCAUCAACAAGACUUGUGAUUCAAUUGAAAGAAUUGAACUUAGAAAUCAAAAAUAAAAAUGAGGAGAUAAAAAAACUUGAGGAAGCUCUUGAAGCAGCAAAAGUCCAAAAUUCAAACGAAAAAGAAAUUGGUGAAAUGAAGCAACAAAUUGAAACAUUAAAUGAGACCAUCAAGGCAAAAGAUAAGCUCCUUGAUGAAGAAAAAGAAGCACAGAAGAAACUGAAACAGUCCAUGAAGAAACCAAGUGUAUUAGAUUUAGAAAUCGAAGCAUUUGAGAAGACUCUUGACGAAACGAAUAAAAAGUUAGAAACCAAGAAGAAACAAGUAGUGGAAUUAGAAGAUACAAUUUCAAUUCAAAAUGAGACGAUAAAUUCCUUCAAGUCACAAAUCGCUUCAUUAGAAGAAAAUUUGGAAUCUGAAAAGGCACAUUCUGUAGAUAUCAAGAAAAAUCUUGACAACCAACUUAAUCUGCUUCGAAAAACAGAACACGAGAGAACGGAAUCAAAUUUGCAAUAUGAUUUAUUAACCAAAAAUUACGAAAGUUUAAAAUUAGAAAAUAAUGAAGUAAAAUUGGAAAUGGCUAAGACAGUUGGGGAGAUGGAAAAAAGAUACCAAUCUCUUGAAUCUGAACGCAAUGAGUUGUUAAAAAAUAUAAGCUUUUUAGAGAGUGAGGUUGAGAAAUUUAAGAAAUUAUCAUCAGCACAUGAAAAAGAAAUUGAAGAUAUUAGAAGUGAAUUUGUUAGCUAUAAAGUACGAGCACAAAGUGUUCUUCGCCAAAAUCAAACAAAAGACUUGGGUAAAGAACACGAGUUACAAGAUGAAGUUGUUAUUCUAAAGACAUCUUUAGAAAAUUUCAAGGAAUCAAAUCAUAAAAUUAAUAGCGAAUUAGAAGCAUUGAAGAAAAAUUACAACAGUCUUGUCGAAGAUAAAACAAGACUUCAAGGUAGAUGCAAAGAUUUGUUAUCAACAUUAGAAAAGCAAAGUGAAGAAGUAUUGGACGAAUCACGCAAGAGAAAUCAAGAGCAUGAUGAAUCUAUCAAAGCAUAUCAGUUACAAAUUGAUACUUUAAAUACUUUUUACAAAAAGCGAAUACAAGACUUGGAAGAAUCAAAACAAAAUUCCAUCCUUGAACUUCAAGAUAAAAUAAGUAUUUUAGAGAGAAAUUCUGCACAGAAUGCUUCUAUGACAUCGAGUUCAGAAGCAGUUUUAAUACCUAAAACUGACGAUCAGAAAUUAUCAAAUAUGCUUGAUUUAAUGGACAGAGAAGUUGAAGGAUCAGAAGAUCAAUCAUCCCAGUCAAUGACUUAUAGUCAUUUCCACAAUAAAAGGAAAAUUUCACGCGGUCGUGAUUUGAUUCCACUCGAUGAGCUUUUAAAUUCAUCAUUUGAUGACAACUACAAUGAAAUGAAUGAAGAAACAAUUUCUAAUUAUUCAUCGCCUUCAGAACUACUUGAACAGACUAAAACAAGGUUGCAAAAAGAAGAAAGUCGAGUUGUACAUCUUACGACUUUAUUAGCUGAUUCUGAGAAAGAUUUAGCAAGAAUGCAGCAGUUGAAUGAAAUGUUAAAAGAAGAAGUUCGUCGUCAUCAACGCUCAAUUGAACGCGAGCAACAUAUUCAAAAUUCAGAGUAUCUUAAAAAUAUUAUCAUUAAGUUUGUGACUUUAAAUAAUGGUGAUGAAAAGCAAAGAUUAAUUCCAGUUCUUAAUACGAUUCUAAAAUUGAGUUCCGAUGAACUUCAGGUGCUACAAAAUUCAUGCAAAAGCGGAUGGGCUUUAUGGACGAAAUAGAAAAAUUUGUAACAAA